CGACAACUUGUCAGUGAUGGAAAUAAAGAAGGGAUGCGAAGAAAAGCAAGGGGGCAGGCGGAAAAGAAUGGGAUGGGAUGGGAUGAGCGGAUCGCGACAGUAGAAUGUGGCAGGCAGGACAAAAUCGUGUCCAUCCAAAGACUCUUUUGGGUUUCCUUGACAAGGGAAUGAACGCCUUCUAAUUAGCCCUGCGCGGCUCUCAUCAUUGCUGCUGCAUCGGCGGGCUUCAAGGCAUAAACAGGUCUCGCAGACUUGACUUGGACUGCACCUAAUCUCUUUGUGAAGUGGAUGGAGACCAUGGAGCUUUUCUUCAGCCUACUGCUCCUCAGCUCACUUCCACUUCAGGCUUUGGGUGGAGACGUGUGUGUGUCUGGUCACGAUAGCGGGCCGGUCUUUGAAGAACAGCCAAGCAGUCUAAUCUACCCCGAAGGCCUGAGUGAAGGCAAGGUAGUUCUCAGCUGUCAGGCCAGGGCAAGUCCAGCUGCUUCCUACAGGUGGUUGGUGAACGGUAGCGAGGUUCCGCUGGGUUUAGACCUCCGUUAUAGCAUGGUCGCCGGUAACUUGGCCAUCGGCAGACCCGAGUCGGCACGAGACACGGGUUCUUAUCAGUGUCUGGCCAUCAACCGCUGUGGCACUAUCAUCAGCAGAGCAGCGAACCUCAAAUUUGGCUACCUCCACGACUUUCCUCCUGACAGCAGGAGUCCUCAGACGGCUUAUGAAGGCAUGGGGUCAUUCCUGGCUUGUCAGCCGCCUCCACAUUACCCAGCUCUGUCCUACCGGUGGCUCCUCAACGAGUUUCCAAACUUCAUCAAGAAAGAUGCCGGCCGCUGGUUUGUAUCCCAGGUUACGGGUAACCUCUACCUUGCCAAAGCGGAGAUCAAUGACACGGGCAACUACUUCUGCUUCACGACCAUCAACAUGGACAUCAGUACCAAAAGUACCUUCAGCAAAGCCAACCAACUCACCGUACUACCUGAAGCCAAUCCAAAGAAGUGGGCUCCAAUCAUCAAAGUGCGCUUCCCGGCCGAGACCUACGCCCUUGCCGGACACGCCGCUCACUUGGAGUGCUUCGCCUAUGGAAAUCCAGUCCCAAAUUUGAGAUGGAAAAAGGUGGAUGGACUCAUGCCGUCCAAGGCGGGUUCUAGCGUGGAGGGUCCCACCCUGAUCCUACCAGAUCUGUCCUUUGACGACGAGGGCGUCUACGAGUGCGAAGCCCGCAAUUCCGAGGGAGUCGAUGUGUAUCAGGGCCGCAUCAGCGUGCAAGCUCAGCCAGACUGGUUGCAGGUGAUGAGUGACUCUGAAGUGGAAAUAAGUUCUGAGCUUCACUGGAGUUGCGUGGCUGCCGGGAAACCGCGACCUUCCAUUCGCUGGCUCCGCAACGGACAGCCGCUCACUACGCAGGACAGAGUAGAAGUCAAUGGCGCUCGUCUGAAGAUCAGCAACCUGGCUCUGGAGGAUUCUGGGAUGUACCAGUGCGUUGCUGAGAACAAGCAUGGAACAAUCUACUCUACCGCUGAGCUAAGAGUCCAAGUUCAGGCUCCAGACUUCCGAUCGAACCCAGUGCGAAAACUGAUCCCUGCAGCCAGAGGGGGACGAGUGAGCAUUGAAUGUCGCCCGCGAGCUGCCCCCAAGCCCAGCCUCUUCUGGAGUCGAGGGACCGAGUUGCUCACCAACAGUAGCAGGGUGACGGUGACUCCCGACGGAGUCUUGUGGAUCACCAACAUAAGCAGAGCAGAUGAAGGCAAAUACACUUGCUUUGCUGAAAAUUAUCUGGGCAAAGCUAACAGCACGGGACACUUGUCUGUCAGAGAUGCUACCAAGAUCACAUUGGCUCCGUCCAACGCCGACAUCAAUCAAGGUGAGAACGUGACCCUGCAGUGUCACGCCUCUCAUGAUCCCACCAUGGACCUGACCUUCACUUGGGCCCUCAAUGGGGCUCUGCUGGACCUGGAGGACUCCACGGGGCCGUACCGUCGAGUAGAGGGGAAGGAAACCAUCGGAGACCUGUUCCUCGUUAACGCUCGGCUGAGUCAGGCGGGCACUUACACGUGUAGCGCUCAAACUGUGGUGGACAGCGCCUCCGCUACAGCCAAACUGGUGGUACGAGGGCCCCCGGGACCACCCGGCGGUUUACUGGUGAGAAAUGUGGCCGAGACGUCGGCGGAGUUGAGGUGGAGUCGCGGCUACGACAACCACAGUCCCAUCGGCAAUUACGUCAUCGUGGGCCGAUCUUCUCUGACGCCCGCGUGGAAGCGCUUGCGGACCGAGCCAGUCAACAUCGAGGGCAACGCCGAGUCGGCCUACGUGAUUGGGCUGGUGCCCUGGAUGGAUUAUGAAUUUCAGGUCAUCGCUAGCAACAUCCUGGGCAGCGGCGAGCCCAGCGCGCCCUCGCAUACCAUCCGCACGCAGCAGUUAGCUCCGUCGGUGGCACCCAGUGGACUCGGGGGUGGAGGAGGAGAUCGCCAUGAACUUAUCAUCACAUGGACACCCAUGGCCAGAGAAUACCAGAACGGUGACAGCUUUGGCUACCUCCUGGCGUUCAGGAAGAAAGACACGUCAUCACAGUGGACGCAAGCGCGCGUACCUUUUGUGGAGUCGUCGCGCUAUGUGUUCUACAACGCCACUCUGACGCCAUACAGCCCCUUUGAGGUGAAAAUCAAAGCCUUUAACCGCAGGGGCGAAGGUCCCUUCAGCCAAAUUGCUGUCGUCCACUCUGCUGAGGAAGAGCCAACAGUUGGACCGCUAAGCAUAAAUGUCAGUGCGCUGACAGCUUUUGAGAUCCAAGUGUCAUGGGAGCCCGUCCUGCAAGCCAACACCAACGGGAUCCUGAGAGGAUAUGAGAUCCGCUACUGGCGCCAGCACGAACGGGAAGCGGCAGCGGAUCGAGUGCGCACGGCAGGACUCGAAAGCACAGCCAGGGUGUCCGGACUACGUCCCAGCACUCGCUAUCACGUUGCGGUUCUGGCGUAUAACAGCGCGGGCACCGGGCCACCCUCGCCGCGAUCCACCGUCACCACCAGGAAACCACCUCCUAACCGGGCCCCAGCAAAUGUAUCGUGGCGGACGGACGCUUCGUGGGUAAUUGUGCGAUGGGACCGCGUGAAGGCCAUGCACAAUGAGUCGGCGGUACUCGGCUACAAAGUUCUGUACAAGCAUGAGGGGCAAAGCGUUUUGAAGGUCCUGGACGUGGCCAAGACGUCAGUCAACCUGCCCCUGCCCAAAGACAAGAACGGAUACGUCGUACUGGAACUUCGAUCCUGGGGUGAAGGUGGGGACGGACCUGCGCACGAGAUUAUCGUCUCGCGGGACUCAGGAACCGGCAUGAUGGUGCAGAACAAGGCGAGUGUCUCCGGUCAUUCGCUCCACCUGCCGGUUGCCGUGUUUCUCCUCAGCGUUGUGUCAGGCCCAGCUCUUUCAUUGAUGAACUUCAAGUGAACACUUCCGAUGUCUCCGUUUCGUUCGGGUUGGAUUGGAACGGGUAAAAAAAAAAAAUAAUAAUCUGUGUUCAAGUAGUAGGAGGGUGAAUGUGUAGUCAUGCAUUGGUACCACGCACGUCUCAAAGCAGCGGGAGCGUUUUCACCUUCCGACACAUUGGGGUGUCAGCAUGUGUUAGAAAAGGUUUAGCGUUUGGGUCCCAGCACAGCAUUCAAAAGUCAUUAGUUGUGUCAUUGUAAAUGUAAACAUUGUUGAAAAUGAGUUGCAAUUCCACAGAAUUGUGGAUCACCACCACAGCUUGGCUUCACGGGAUCUUUUCUUAAGAGUCCAAUUGUUAAUGACUACAGAGCCACUUCUCUUUCAUGUCCGCCUUGUUUUUUUCCUUGAGGUAACGGAAGCAUGAGGGUCAUCUUGCCGUAUCAAUUGGGCAAGGCAAUUCCAAAAUGCUCUCAUGAAAUCAUUUUGUGAAGCCUCUUAAAGCUGCCUGCAUCAAAGUCACCGGCCGCCAUGUGUAAUUAUUCAUGUAUGUCACUGGUCGGAUGAAAAAAGUAUCUAGAAUGAUCGAUUGACUGGUUUGUUUGUUUUGGGGUGGAUGGAGCUGUCCAAGACAAUCCGUUGUAUUUUUCCUCAAUGGUCCCUAUUGUUUGAUGAUCAUUUUAAAAACGCUAGUGUCAUGCCUUUUCUUUUACUGCAUCUGCUUUUAUGAUACCUACAGCGAUGACGCCGUUAACAAUGUCAUUUAUCCCCCCUCAUUGUAAUCCUGUCAGCUUCUAUCAGCUCUUAUGUAAAACUUUGUCACAUUUAUUACACUGGACGGGAAAAGUCAAGUGCAGUGACUAUUUGGAACGUUCUCUGAUAAUCCAACUAAAAUUCAUCUUUGAUACACGAUAGCGGACCACGGCAGAUUUGCCCAUUUUUUAAAAAGAUCUUUUUAAUCUUUCAAACAUGGCGGUGUGGUACGGCAAAUGUGUCGGUGCACACGUCGUUUCAAAAUGUGUUCUUGUAAUGAUAAGGAUGAUGUCAUCCAUCCAUUGAGGGUCGCAGGCAGCUGACAAAGUGAGCUGGACGUAUGGACAUUUGAAGGUCUUCAUUUGGCCCAACGCACGCACGCACACACACACACACACACACACACACACGCCAGAACUGCUGACUGGCUCAAACAUGAAUGUUGCAAAUGCGUGCGUGCUUAAAGACAUCAUUUCCCAAUGCCUUCCUUUAGUAUGGUAGUAUUUCCAUUUACUGGUAGCUAGGUUUGACAAGCAAGCAAGCAACCAAGCCGUAGAAAAAGAGGAAAUUGCAAUAAUGUUGCCUUUCAGCUUUUUUCAAAGAGAUGAUGAAAAAUGUCAAGGCGGCUUGAAAUUGUUUCAAUAUGAUGAAAUAAACAUGCUGUGAUUGUAUGAC